AUGGGCAAGAAUAAGAAUAAAAAUAGAAAAGGAGGAAAAUAUUCGUCAAGUCCCCUUAAAGAUAACCAAGAUGUCGAGUCGACAACUUCAUCGAAUGCAAAUAAUGAUGAAAGUGAAAACAAAGAUAACACCAUUAAAAGUGGAUCAUAUAUAGACCAUAGGAUGUAUGAUAAUUUAGCACAUAUUCAUUCUUCGCCAGCAAGAUCAAGAAGAAGAGGAGUUCAGUCAAGCUCUGGCCAAGGGAAUCUUGCUUCCAGAAGACAUACAACUACAAGUGCGGAAUAUAAUAAUAGAAAUCCAGCAUUUAAGAAACAACCUAGUUUACCAUUGACCAACAGAAACUUGCAGAAUUUGUUAGUUCAAAAUGAUACGAGUCCAGGUACUGGAUAUUCACCUACUGAUACGAGAUCUUAUGGGUCAAUUGCGUUAGAUAUGGAUCAGUAUGCAAAAGAACAAAGACAAAUGUCGCAUGGAUGGAAUGAUCCGUUUAAUGAAGAGAGCGAUAGCCGUAGUGACAAUGGAUCUAUGAAUUCAUUGGAAUUUGGAGGAUCUAAUCCUUCUUCUGAGCAUUCCAGUGAUUCGACUUCUUUGGAUGAUGUGUGCUUUCCAGAUUACUAUGAUCGUGCUGACGGAACAGGUGAUAGGGAAGACAAUUAUGAAUGGCCAGAUUUGAAAGUCUUAGAAGAAUUUGUCCGAGAAGAAUUAAAUGAAUACGCUGAUGAUUUCGAAAAGAACGAAGAUGAAGUCGGUGAUUAUUUUAAGGCGAACCCAGAAAUGGAAGAUGAACAGAAUGUUAACUUCCAACAACCCCUUGCAGUGUCUGUUAAUAGCAAGGUUGGCGAUAAGAAGAAAAAGUCUAAGAAAAAAAGCUCACCUGAAGAUAGUGCUGAAAACACUCCAUUGUUGGAGAAUGCUCAAAUUAAUGAAAUCGAAUCGAUGAGUCUGGUGAACGAAUCGUUUCGUAUAAGGCCCACACCAAUUCAACCCUGGGAGAAAUCGAAGGAUAGGAUACCAACUAUUUUAAAUAAUCCAAAAGACCCAGCGAGAAAUACUAAACAACAGACUAGUUUCAAGUCUGCAAAGGCCGAUGGUAAGUUGUGCAGAUUCACUUAUUUUAGAGAAGAUUUAGACAAGACCAUACACUCGCCUACCAUUAGUGGAUUAUUAGCAGACAGUAUCAGCAAGAAGGUUACCGAAGAUACUGUACCAUUGGCAAAGAAAUGGGGAGGUAAUACCAAAGAAGGUAAUGACGAAUAUCAAGACCAAGAUGAGGAAGAUUCUGAUGAUGAAUCAACUACCUUGCGUGAGUUAUUCCUGCCUAGCUUUUAUUCCCAGAAGACGUCUUCUUCUUCAUCAAAUGCUAGUCUCCAUGGAAGCCAUCAUACUCCAACUAGUACCGGAACUCCGGUCCCAUUGACUGCAUUAAAUGAAGCAAAUAUCGGUGAAAUGAAUAGAUUGGGAGGAUCUAACUCAAAGGGAAAUACCUUGGAGCCUAGUCCAGCACCAGGAACUACAGUUGGAUCUGAAUUACCUCUUGAUUGCGAUCCAUUUUGGCUUGAUGUUUUAGAUCCCACAGAAGAAGAGAUGAAGGUAUUAUCAAAGACUUUUGGUAUCCAUCCAUUGACUACAGAAGAUAUCUUUUUAGGCGAAACUAGAGAGAAAGUCGAAUUAUUUAAAUCGUACUAUUUCAUUUGUUUUACAUCUUUUGACAUCGUCUAUGAAAGGCGUAGACAAAGGGCUAAGGAGCAAGAGAAAAAGCUCAAUAAAUUGCAGGAGAUGUAUGACAGUAACAAUGAUGGAAAUAGUAUAUUUGGCACCCCUGAAAGAAAGUCAAAAAUUUGGAAAUUUUUCAGAAAGCUUGUUAAAGGCAAUGAAAGUAAACCGUCCAGUAACUUGCACAAUACUAAAGAAUCUAGUUCCAAUAAAUCUAAAGCAAAGAAAAUCAGAGAAGGGGAAUUGCUGCCAUUAAACAUGUACAUGAUUAUAUUCAAGCAUGCAGUAAUUACUUUUCAUUUCUCUCCGACGCCUCAUCCGAUUAAUGUGAGAAGAAGAGCAAGGCUAUUAAAGGAUUAUUUGACAGUAUCUUCAGAUUGGAUUUGUUAUGCGAUCAUUGAUGAUAUUACUGACUCAUUUGCUCCGAUGAUUGAAAGCAUUGAAGAAGAGGUGAACUUAAUCGAAGAUGCUAUAUUAAAGAUGCAUUCUGGUGAUUCUGAUAGCGAAGAUGACAGUGACCAUGACUCUUCUGACGACGAGAGCGAAAACGACCGCCGUGCCUCAAACACCCCUAGAAACACUAGCGCCAACAAUGUAUUCUACAAAAGAAAGAGAUCCAAGUCGACUGUUGAUAACGGUGGGUUUGACUCCCGUUACAAGACAUACGCGCCUUUGUCAACCAAAUCAGAGUCCAAGAAAUCUUCGAAAUCUUCGAGUUCCAAGUCCACUUCGUCUAAGAUCCUAGGUUGGAAGCGUAAGGGUGACAUGUUGCGAAGAAUUGGUGAAUGCCGUAAGCGGGUUAUGUCUGUUCUCAGACUUCUCGGUUCCAAGGCUGAUGUCAUUAAAGGGUUCAGUAAGAGAUUCAGUGAAAAAUUAGAGGCCGACAAUUUCAGAAAUGCUCUGAGUUCACCUAAGCUGGAGAUCGGUAUGUACUUGGGUGAUAUUCAGGAUCAUAUUGUAACCAUGGUUCAAUCAUUAAAUCAUUAUGAGAAGUUAUUGGCCCGUUUCCAUUCCAAUUAUCUCGCUCAAAUUAACAUUGAUAUGACUCAAGUCAACAAUGAUACCAAUGAUGUGUUAGGAAAGAUUACUGUUCUUGGUACUAUUGUGCUCCCAAUUAACGUCGUUACUGGAUUAUGGGGUAUGAACUGUAUUGUUCCUGGGCAAGACUACGAAGGUUUAGCAUGGUUUUGGUCCAUAAUAGCGGGCAUGAUUCUUUUUAGCAUUUUUGCCUACAAUUACGCUAAGCGAGUAUAUGGCAUAUAA